AUGGUAGCCAACCAGGUGAGUGACCAGCACUUCCGGGCUUCCGCACCUCGUCUGGCGGCCCGCAGGCACUGCCCCACCACGGUGCCAGCCACACUCACACCACCCCAGGCACUGCCCCGCCACGGUGCCAGCCACACUCACACCACCCCAGGCACUGCCCCGCCACGGUGCCAGCCACACUCACACCACCCCAGGCACUGCCCCGCCACGGUGCCAGCCACACUCACACCACCCCAGGCACUGCCCCACCACGGUGCCAGCCACACUCACACCACCCCAGGCACUGCCCCACCACGGUGCCAGCCACACUCACACCACCCCAGGCACUGCCCUGCCACGGUGCCAGCCACACUCACACCACCCCAGGCACUGCCCCGCCACGGUGCCAGCCACACUCACACCACCCCAGGCACUGCCCCGCCACGGUGCCAGCCACACUCACACCACCCCAGGCACUGCCCCGCCACGGUGUCAGCCACACUAACACCACCCCAGGCACUGCCCCGCCCCGGUGCCAGCCACACUCACACCACCUUUUCUGGCUGA